AUGGAAUUCAAGAGAAGUUUUAGAACCAACACGACAGAUUCGCGAUGUGAAUAUCCAAAGGUCCACUCCUGGUCACCAGAUGGAAGUGGAGAUUGUUGUUCGUGGGACGGCGUCGAAUGUGAUGAGGUCACCGGCCGAGUGAUCACCCUCGACCUCAGUGGAAGUUGCCUCUCGGGCACCAUGAGUCCCAACACCACUCUCUUUCGACUCUUUCACCUGGAGUCGCUCAAUCUUGCGUGCAACAGCUUCAACUUCUCCCCAAUCCCAUACGGCUUCGGCAAUCUUUCCAGGUUACAAUACCUUAAUCUUUCCCGCUCGGACUUUGCCGGUGAAAUACCUCAUGAUAUCUCGCAACUCUCUGAGUUAGUUUCUCUCGAUUUAUCCGAUUCUUUUUCCGAGGCACUUCAUUUGCCCAACGUGGGCAACUUUGUUCAUAAUUUGACUGGGCUAAAAGAGCUUGAUCUUUCUAGAGUGAGCUUGUUGUCACCUAUCCCUCCUGUGCUAGCGAAUUUCUCUUCCUUGACAUCGCUUGGGCUUGCAGAUUGUGGAUUGAAUGGAGACUUUCCGGUAAGCAUUUUUCAGCUGCCAAACUUGGAAGUCCUUCGCAUUGCUAGCAAUGGCAACCUCCCUGGUUUUCUCCCCAAACUGCAUUGGGGUUCUCCAUUGAAAUCGUUAGACCUUUCCCUAACCAACUUCUCUGGAGGAAUACCCACUUCGAUUGGAAAUCUUAGUCUCUUGAAUGAGUUAAUCGCCUGGAAUUGCCAUUUCUCAGGAUCGCUUCCCUCUUCAUUGGGUAAUCUUUCUCAUCUCACCGAAAUAAGCCUUGGCGAAAACAACUUGCAAGGUCAAAUCCCUGUUUCCUUUGCUAAUCUUACCCAGCUACGGUGGCUAUGGCUCUCUUCCAAUAGCUUGAGUGGUGAUACUUUGGAGUGGGUGGUCAACUUGACCAAACUUACCGAGUUGGACCUGUCAGAUAAUAACUUGCAAGGUCAAAUCCCUGUUUCCUUUGCUAAUCUUACCCAGCUACGAUGGCUAUGGCUCUCUUCCAAUAGCUUGAGUGGUGAUACUUUGGAGUGGGUGGUCAACUUGACCAAACUUACCGAGUUGGACCUGUCAGAUAAUAACUUGCGAGGUCAAAUCCCUGUUUCCUUUGCUAAUCUUACCCAGCUACGAUGGCUAUGGCUCUCUUCCAAUAGCUUGAGUGGUGAUACUUUGGAGUGGGUGGUCAACUUGACCAAACUUACCGAGUUGGACCUGUCAGAUAAUAACUUGCAAGGUCAAAUCCCUGUUUCCUUUGCUAAUCUUACCCGGCUACGGUCUCUAUGGCUCUCUUCCAAUAACUUGAGUGGUGAUACUUUGGAGUGGGUGGUCAACUUGACCAAACUUACCUACUUGGACAUUUCAGGUAAUCGGUUUAGCGGUGAAUUUCCAUCUUCAUUUGAGAACCUGAAGCAGUUGGUCGUGCUCGACCUUUCUCGCAAUGACUUGCACGGUGAUAUUCCAAGCACAUUAUGGAAUCUGAAGGGUCUUCAAUCGCUUAGCCUGGAGUCGCUCUAUCUCAAUGGCGUUCUCGAUGUAAAUGAUCUAUUCAAACUCAAGAACUUGAGAAGCCUACAAUUGUCCUUCAACAAUAUAUCAUUCACCAAGUCAUUCAUCACUGCCACCACAUCGAAGCUUUCUGACUUAUCCUUGGAUUCAUGCAACUUGACCGAGUUCCCACAGUUUAUAGGCUACUUAAGCAAAUUGGAGCGGUUAAACCUACCACACAACAGAAUCCGAGGGACCAUUCUUAGCUGGAUGUGGAACAAUAGCAAAGAAUCUCUCAAUUACAUAGAUCUUUCUCACAAUCUUUUAACCGGCUUCGUAAACAACCAGACCGAUGUUCCCUUGCCGAACUUGGCGUAUCUCGACGUUAGUUCUAACUUGCUGGAAACAACCCUCCCUAUCCCACCUCCCUCAGUCAUGAUAUACAACAUCUCGAGCAAUUUCCUAUCUGGGGAAGUUCCAACAUCCAUUUGUCAAGUGAGCUCUCUUGUCGUGCUCGAUUUGUCCAACAAUGCUCUGAAUGGCACACUUCCUCCUUGUCUGGGCAGUAUUGCUCCUUUGAUUUAUUUGAACCUCGCAAGAAAUAAAUUUAGCGGCAUGAUUCCUCGCGUUUACCCCGAUGGUUGUGCAUUGAAGAUGAUCGACCUCAGAGAAAACCGACUAGGAGGGACUAUUCCGAGAUCUUUAGGUAAUUGCGGAGCGUUGGAGUACUUGAAUCUUGGUAGCAAUGAAAUUAAUGAUACAUUCCCAAUUUGGAUGUCGGAAUUGGCCUAUCUAAAAGUUAUUGGCUUGCAGUCCAAUAAGUUCCAUGGUCCCGUAGAAGCUCAUCUAAGCCAGCUUAACUUCACUAGUUUACAAAUCCUGGACCUUUCCAACAAUAGCUUCAAUGGUAGACUUCCUUCCAAGUUGUUACAGAGUUGCCGUGCCAUGAAGGUUAUCGUCGGUCAAGAUAAGUUGGCAUACAUGAAUAUUCAUCAAUCGGUUAAUCUGUCUAUGUAUAGAUUAGACGAAAGUAUGACUUAUGCGAUGAUAUUGGUGAAUAAGGGUACCGAAAGGGAAUAUCUGAAGAUUCCAGGCAACCUUGUUGCAAUUGACCUCUCCAAGAACAAGUUCGAAGGUUUCAUUCCUGAACUCAUUGGAGAUUUGAAGGCCCUUCGUAUGCUCAACCUUUCAAACAACUUCCUCACCGGUAGAAUCCCUCCUUCCCCGGGAAAGCCGACAAUGCUCGAGUCACUAGAUCUUUCCCUAAACAAUCUCAUGGGAGAGAUUCCUCAACAACUAGCUAGCCUCACAUUUCUUGAGGUUUUCGAUGUCUCUCAAAAUCGAUUGUCGGGACCAAUACCACAUGGAACACAAUUCGACACAUUUGAGAGCAGUUCAUUCACGAUGAAUGCAGGGUUGUGUGGAAGUCCUCUACCAAAUAAAUGCAAAAAUGGUGAUAAUGCUCCACCACCACCACCACCACCACCACCGUCUUUUGAUGCAGAUAAUGAAGAAGAGUCUCUAUUCGACUUGGAUUGGAAAAUCGUGUUGACUGGCGUUGGAGUUGGGUUUGGGGUUGGUGUUGUGCUAGAGAACUUGAUCAUUGACGAGAAGAGUAGAUGGUUCUUGCACUACUCCAAGAGAAUGGCAAAAGGAUGUCGAAAGGGGAGGAAAGCUCUAGCAGACAAGAAAAUAUGUAGCUAG